CUGCGAUUAGAGGCUGGGUAAUCGUUUCUUAGUCGCUGUCUGAUGCAAGACUUUUAACCGGUGGAAACACGUGAAUUAUUAGAACACCGGUGUAAGUCUGGUAGCACACUAACCGGGAUAAACCCAUGAAGUAAGGAAGGCAUCAGGCAGCUAUAUGAGAGUUAGCUCACUGGGAAGUAGUACAGUAAAGGCAUCUGUAAUCCUGCUGUACAGAAAAGGGUUAGUGGUAUUGUCUUGGUUUUUUUUUUCGAACUUGCAUUAAACAGACAUUACCAUGGGACAGAGCCAACUGACAGCUGAUGAAAAAUAUACCCUCAUCUCCAGGAACCUCCAGGAAGUUUUGGGUGAGGAGAAACUGAAGGACAUCCUAAAAGAACGUGAACUGAGGAUCUAUUGGGGAACUGCCACAACAGGAAAGCCACAUGUUGCGUACUUUGUACCCAUGUCAAAGAUUGCAGAUUUCCUCAAGGCAGGCUGUGAGGUGACUAUUCUCUUUGCUGAUUUGCACGCUUACCUGGACAACAUGAAAGCCCCAUGGGAGCUGUUAGAACUACGGACUCGGUACUAUGAGCAUGUAAUCAAAUCCAUGUUAGAGAGUAUCGGAGUGCCAUUAGAUAAACUACGCUUUGUUAGGGGAACAAGUUUUCAGCUCAGCAGGGAAUACACAUUGGAUGUUUAUAGACUGACUUCUGUUGUCACACAGCAUGAUGCGAAGAAGGCAGGAGCUGAAGUUGUGAAGCAGGUGGAGCACCCACUUCUGAGUGGUCUGCUAUAUCCAGGACUGCAGGCCCUGGAUGAAGAAUACCUGAAGGUAGAUGCUCAGUUUGGAGGAGUUGAUCAGAGAAAGAUUUUUACAUUUGCAGAAAAGUACCUUCCAUCUUUGGGCUUCAAAAAAAGAAUUCAUUUGAUGAACCCCAUGGUGCCAGGCCUGACAGGAUCCAAAAUGAGCUCUUCUGAAGAGGAGUCCAAGAUUGAUCUUCUGGAUUCCAAGGAGGAUGUAAAAAAGAAACUUAAAAGGGCUUUUUGUGAGCCAGGAAAUGUAGAAAAUAAUGGAGUCCUCUCUUUUGUUAAGCAUGUACUCUUCCCUCUGAACUCUGAGUUUGUAAUAAAGAGAGAUGAGAAAUGGGGAGGAAACAAAACCUACACAAACUAUGAAGAACUAGAAAAGGACUUUGCAGACCAGCAAGUCCACCCAGGGGACCUGAAGAGCUCUGUAGAAACAGACUUAAACCGAUUGCUGGACCCAGUUAGAAAGAAGUUUGAUACACCUGAGUUGAAGAAACUGACCCGGGAAGCUUACCCUGAGCUAGCCAAACAAAAGGGAACCUCAAAACCACCCCCCCAAAACUUUGACAAUGAUGAAAUCAUUCCAUCCAGAUUGGAUAUAAGAAUUGGAAAAGUUCUCAAUGUAGAGAAACAUCCUGAUGCAGAUAGUCUUUAUGUUGAAAAAAUUGAUGUUGGUGAAGGUGAACCUCGCACAGUUGUGAGUGGAUUGGUACAUCAUGUCACAGUUGAAGAGUUCACAAACAGGAUGGUGGUACUGCUUUGUAACCUUAAGCCACAGAAAAUGCGUGGGAUCGAGUCUCAGGCUAUGGUUCUAUGUGCAUCCACGGAAGGUGACCACCGCAAAGUUGAGCUACUUGAUCCCCCAGAAGGUUGCACCCCAGGAGAACGUGUGUUUGUGGAAGGUUAUGAUAGUGGGCAGCCAGAUGAAGAACUUAAGCCCAAAAAGAAGGUGUUUGAGAAGUUGCAGGCUGAGUUUAAGAUUUCUGAUGAUUGUAUCGCACAGUGGAAACAGAAGAACUUUAUGACCAGGCUAGGAUCUAUUACUUGUAAGACUUUGAAAGGCGGUAACAUCUCUUAAUCAAGGGGAAUGACUGUCAGGAAGCAUGCCUGCUGAACUGCAUUCCCAACAAUUUCUUGGACAGACAUUAAUCGUUAUUGCAGCUCGGUUACUUGUUGACCUUUCUAGCUGGCUGCAGAAUCUAAAAGACUAAAGCAUAAACCUCUGUCAGUACUUUGCACGUUUACCCAGUUCCACAUUACUUUGCAUGUACAUGAUGACAGGGGGUUAAAUUGAGUGACUUGCAUCGGUAUUCUUUCUUGCAACACUGAUACAGCCACAGGAUUUCACUAGUGCAAACUGAUUAUUGGAACCAUUUUAACAUUUAGUUUAGACACUCCCAGCUGUAGAUACUUGUGGCACAGCAGCAGCUGUUUGCAAGCAUGACCUCUUGAAGUUGGCGUUCAUUUGGAUGUACAGCAUACCAUUCUAAAUGCUUCAGGGGCCAAACAUUGAGUGAGUCAAUUUGAUGUGGAUGAUCACUUAGCAUUUUUGUCUGUCUUGCCAUACUAGCAUGAGAGUUAAGGUUCUGCAUAUCUGUACCUUGUUUACAAAAUAGUGCAACUAAGUUGUAGAAUUUUCUUCAGCAGGGUUUUGUACAGUUACAAAUGCACAUAUCACUAAAUACAAGGAGAGAAUUGUUAUUGACCUGGGCUUUGUUAGUAAAUCUUGGUGACGUAAAUCAAAAUCCAUCACUGCACUUUCUGCAUUGAGACCCUGGGGUGUUUUUAUAAAAAGGGGUAAUAUUGGGUAUUAAAAUUACCAACUUAGGUGUGAGUGUAGCUGCAAUCUACAUAUGUCAAAAUGUAUUUUUUAUGCAUUUUUUACUUGUAUAGAUACAGGAUAUGCUUGUAGUUGGCCUCCUUAGUGUAGAAUUGUAUCUGUAGUUGUUAUAUCAGUAGUCUACCGUGCAAUUGUGGACACCUCAAAGCUCUGCUAAGAUGAAUCAUGGUCCUGUUUUGUUCUCAUUCUAAAGCCUGCCUCUGUCUUGCAGGUGCAGUGAGGAUGAUGAAUAGUGUGACAAGAGUCAGCAGUUAAAAGCUGGUGCUUAUAUAAAUGCUGAAAUACAUCAUAAAGUAGUUCAGUACCUAACAAUUGCAAGUCUUGACAUAAUGUCACUUUUAAAUGGACCCUGGGUUAUGUAAGAGGAAACUAUUACAACUGGUCAGCAGCAGUCUGUUGUGCUAAAAGUAAAGGGGAAUUAAAACUGAAAAAAAAUGGAGAAUACAAAAUGUCACUCAAAGCUAGUCUACACACUACUAUUAAAUGUUUUGUACCAUUUGCUGCCCAUUGACAAUUAUGUGCUUUGUUCAUACUCCCAGUGGUUAAGAUUGUAUGAAAGAUAAAAGUAGCUCAUUAAUAAAAGUGCUGACUGAUGA